AGACAACUGUUAUUAAUAUAACAUUUGAUAUUUCCUUUUUUUAUGUAAAAAUUUAAAAUUUCAUUAUGUCAUUUAAGUGUUAUUGAAUAUAUUGUACGAAUUAUAAUCAUUAUAAAACGUUAUAAUUUAUGAAUUGACAAAAUUACAAAUAUUUAUAUAAAACAUAUUAUUUUAUGUAUCAUUCAUGUUAGAAGGAUGUUUUUAACUCUUCUUGCUUUCAUUUUUUAUUAUUCAUACCUGAGUAUGGAAAGAAACUACUUUAACAUUAGUAAGGUAUUAGUUGUUAAAACACUUAGAAAAGCAUUAAAGACAAAAUGAGAUGAUUUGAGCACUAUUAAUUCAGAUAUAAUUGAUAUUAAUAAAGACAUGAAUUAUAUUGGUACAUGUGACAAACAAUCAUUAGUAAGCUUAUUGGGUAGUUGUGAUGAAACUGAAAUUAAUCAAGGGGAGUGUAGACUUAGAGUGAAACCUCUAGAUGCAUUAUUCAAUGAAAAAAUUAAAGAAGAAUCAAUUGAUGAUUGUAUAAGCCAGACUAUCAUAGAAUUGAAAAAUGAAGAUAUUAAUGAAGAAGAAAAUAAAAAAGAAAUAUUUGUUGAUAAACGUGAACCACCUAAGGCUAUAGCUAUUAACAACAAACAACAAAAAGUUGCUAUACCAAAAUUAAAAAGGAUUAAUUCUUUUAUUAAUGAAUCUAUUAAAAAAUCGAAAGUUAAGAAUACCUACAAAUUAAGAUCUAGUAAACCAAGAGCCAUAUUACCAAUGAAACACUCUACAAUAUCUGCAAAAGUCUCAAAGUUAGAUCAAACACCAAAUUCUGGUCAGAUUUUAAUGCCAUCGCCACAAAUGUCUGGAAUUGCAUAUCAAAUUAUAUUAAAAAAUCAUGAAACAACAAAUGCUAAUAAUCAGCUUCAAUAUACAAUGCUACAACCACAGUCAUUAUUUCUUCAACAAACACCAAAUUCUGCGACUUCAUCAUCUUCUGUUAUGAUAAAUCAAUCAUCUCAAAGCAUGGUUAUAAAUCAACCAUAUCAAGUAACACAAACUACUGCUCAAAUUCCUGUUCCAAAUAAGAUUGUUGCUCAAAAUUACUGUACAUUUUGUUACUGUGUUGUGAACAAUAUGAAUGACCAUUUGAUAGAAUGUUGGGCUAAUCCUAAUAGUAAAAAUUAUAAAUUUAGGAAAAUUGCUCCAUCUAAAUCCUAAGUUUGAUUUCUGAAUUUAUUUUAUUAAUAUGUAUAUAGUUUAUUAAAUAAAAUUAUAUGUAUCAUAUUAUUUUAAAUAUAAUAUUUGAGUGUACUACAAAUACAAGCGACAUAGAUAAAAAAAUAUAUGCAUCUUAACUUAAUACUAAUAUAAUCAAUACUUGUUUUUUUUUUAAAUUAUUGAGUUAUAAAAAAAAUGCGAUUCAAUUUUAUAUAUUAUACAAAUAUAAAAUAAACAAUGUUAAUAACAAUUA